CGCUGGGGCAAUGUGUAGCACAGGACCGGGCGACGCUUCGACUUCCUCUAGUUCGCAAACGAAUGCGCGAGAGCUUAGCCUGAUCGCAAAUGCUUACGCGAAGACGAAUAGGCGGAUGCAGGCUCUCCCUGUGUUGCACGCGAUUUCCGAGUAUGCGAUGCCUCUUUAUCUUUUUGGGACCUUGCAGCCACACGGAAAGAAGUUCGCGAGCUGGAACAAAGACGGGAAAGGCAGGAUCACGACUUUUUCAGGUGAUCUGCAGCACGGAAGUGGAGCUCAUCUACCAAACAUUCAAUCAUCUUCAUCACCAUAUCUGCAACCCGGCCAUGGGGGCCAACAUCGGGCCCUCGAUUUGGGAGCUUCCUCGUCAUCAGGGAUGAACGGAUGGAAAAUAGUAGGUCAGCCUGUGAAACCCGAAUCGAGCCUUCAACUGUGUCGGCAGGUAGACCCUGCGGUGGAUCUGCGGCCCUGGAGAAACGGC